GAAUAUUGAAUAUUGUGUCAUAAAAGCUGCCAGCCAACAAUAUUUUAUUUUUUUCAGUCAACAAAUGUAAAAAAAUUGAUCAAAUACCCAAAACAACCUUUAGGUUUUACCCUACCUACACACAACAAAACCAUCAAACUAAACACCGGUUUGAAGGCUAAUUUCGUAAUUUCAUUUAACAGGUCAACACAAGGGUACUCCAGUCCAAGAUCUGUACACAUACAAAUACCAACAUCCACCAUUCAUCGAAUCCGUUCGAUACCAACGAAGUAGUGACGAGAGUUGAAAACCCUCACGCCGGCGUCAAAUUCCUUCUUGUAUCAAUGGCGUCAGAUCCGAAAACUUUUGUGUUCAGUGAUGUCUCCGUGCAUAACAAAACUAAGGAUUGCUGGCUUAUCAUCGAUGGAAAGGUUUAUGAUGUGACCCCGUUUAUGGAGGAUCACCCUGGAGGUGAUGAAGUUCUGCUAGCAGCAACUGGGAAAGAUGCGACAGAUGAUUUUGAGGACGUGGGCCACAGUGACGAUGCUAGAGACAUGAUGCACAAGUACUACAUUGGGGAGGUAGACAAAUCUACUGUUCCUAAGAAGCGCACAUAUGUUGCGCCUGCUGACAGGGCCUACAAUCCGGACAAGACUCAAGAUUUUGUUGUGAAGAUUUUGCAGUUUCUUGUGCCUCUUGUGAUCCUGGGGUUGGCUUUUGUGGUCAGAUCCUACACAAAAGAGAAGUCCGCUUAAGAUUUAGAUGGUUUAAGUGAGUUAUGGAGAAUGUUUGUGUGUGUUAGCUCAUGAUGUCUUUGACUCGUAUUGAACUUUGUGAGUCUGUUGUCUCUGCUAAACAUAUAUCUCAAUCUUGGAUUUGGUUAUUUGGUAGAUUAAUAAUGUGUCAUGAAGACGGUUUAUCUUAAAAUUAUUGUCUAUUGAAUUGAAUAUCAUCUUUUGUCUCGUUUCA